CCAAAAAGGAAGAAAGUGAAACCCACGCAACAGAGCUAUUGUACAACGUACUCCAUCGGUUGUACGUCAAUUUGUCCGGCAUUCGGAUCCAAAUUGGUAAGGCUAGCAGGCGAAAACCAAUUCCCAGCUUCAAUCUAUAAACCAAACAAAAACAGAUUACUCUACAACACCCCUCUCUCAGGCCACUGCCGAGCACAAUCCCCGAGCUCCGAGCACAUCAGUAAACCGGUGUAAAUUGGACAAGAAUAAGCCAGACAUGAAUGCCCUAGUGAAUGAAUUCAUAAUCAAGCUUAAGAAACGGAAAAUCGAGGGUUCAAAGGCAACAGCAAAAUUGACAGCGGAAGUUCUACGCUCGUGCAUAUCGCAGCAGAGACUUCCUCAUACUAACCAGGCUGCGGCGCUCAUUGACGCAAUCAGAACUAUUGGGGAGAAGUUGAUUGCUGCCAAUCCAGUAGAGCUCGCCGUCGGUAACAUUGUUAGGCGAGUUCUACACAUUAUAAGGGAAGAGGAUGUGUCCUUGACCGCUGCUGCUGUUGGUGGGUUGGCUGUAUCGGCUGGAAGUGAUGAUGAAGAUGACUUCAAGCAAGAUGAUCAUCCAGGUUUAUCUGCCGCAGCUGUGGCUGCUGCUGCUAGAAGCACCUUGAGACCACCUUCCUUGCAGACCCUCCUUGAGGACAUCCCACAAUCAACAGCUGCACCUCAUACAUCUUCUUCUGGUGGUGAUUCUGAAGGGAAAAGCAAAUCUGCUGAUAAGAAUACUGCAAGCAGGAAACUAAAGCAUAAUGUCAUUGAGGCUGUUAAUGAACUUAUUCAAGAUAUUGCUACUUGCCAUGAACAGAUUGCUGAACAAGCAGUAGAGCAUAUUCAUCACAAUGAGGUAAUCUUAACUUUAGGCAAUUCAAGAACAGUGAUGGAAUUUCUCUGUGCUGCAAAGGAAAAGAAGAGAUCUUUCCGGGUUUUUGUGGCUGAGGGUGCCCCAAGGUAUCAGGGGCAUGCCCUUGCAAAAGAAUUGGUUGCAAGGGGCCUGCAGACCACGGUUAUCACUGAUUCUGCUAUUUUUGCAAUGAUCUCAAGAGUCAACAUGGUUGUUGUUGGAGCGCACGCUGUCAUGGCCAAUGGUGGGGUUAUUGCACCUGUUGGAAUGAACAUGGUGGCUCUAGCAGCUCAAAGGCAUGCUGUUCCUUUUGUUGUUCUUGCAGGCACUCACAAGAAUAGAAAGAAGAACAAUAUGGAGAGAAAUUGGUGCAGUGAGGGGAUUGAUGGAAGGCCCUUGGGUAGUCUGUGGUGAUUUUAACGUCACAAGGUACCCUUCUGAAAAACGGGAAUGCUCGAGGAGGUCCAGAGAGAUGGUGGAAUUCUCGGAUUUUAUAGAAGACAUGGAGUCUCGAAGGAGGCUACUAUACUUGGUUCAAAGGGGAUAAUCAUACGACUGCUUCUAGAAUUGACAGAUUUCUCAUUUCAGAAGAAUGGGAUGAAAACUUCAGACAUAUCAAGCAAACUCUCCAACAAAGGCUGAUUUCUGACCAUUCACCAGUGGUCCUAUGCCGUGGUGCCUGGGAACAAGUUAAAUCAUACUUUAAGUUUGAAAAUUGGUGGCUGAACGUGGAAGGUUUUGAUGACAGAAUUAGAAACUAGUGGACAUCUUUUGAAUUUUCAGGAAGACCAGACUAUAUUUUAGCUUGCAAAUUAAAAGCUCUCAAAGGCAAGCUAAAAGAAUGGAGCAGAAGUUGUAAAGGAAAUCUGGGAUUGCAAAAAUCAAAAUUGCUGAGUCAAUUGGCAGGUUUUGAGGCAACACAACAAUUAAGAGCUCUGACAGAGGAGGAAUCAGUGAGGAAGGCAGCUACCCUCAUGAAGUUUGAGGAUCACCUCAAGAACGAAGAAAGUGCAUGGAGACAGAAAUCAAGAGCUCUGUGGCUCAAAGAAGGGGAUAGGAAUGCAAAGUUUUUCCAUCGUACUGCCAAUGCACACAAGAGAAACAACAAUAUUGAUCAACUAACGAUUCAAGAUGAAGCAGUAGAGGAGCCAGACAGAAUAAAGAAUGUGAUCAUUGAAUUCUACAAGGGGUUAUACACAGAACCUGAAGAGUGGAGACCGACAGUCAAUUUCGAAAACAGUCCAAAAUCUCUGAAUCAGAGAAGGAGUCUUUAUAGAGUAAAUUUGAGGAACAAGAAGUCCUGAGCUGUCUGAAGAUGUGUGCAACUGACAAGGUCCCAGGUCCAGAUGGAUACACAAUGAGUUUUUUCAUUAAGUGCUGGGAUAUUUUGAAGCACGACAUCAUGGAGGCCUUCAACAACUUCCAUUCCCAGGAGAUGUUUGAGAAAAGCCUCAAUGCAACAUACAUAGCCCUGACUCCAAAGAAGACAAGUGCGAAAGAAUUGAGAGAUUUCAGGCCAAUCAGUCUGAUAGGGAGUUUCUACAAACUGCUCUCAAAAGUAUUGACUGAAAGACUUAAGAGGGUGGUAGGAAAACUAGUAGAUGCUCAACAAAUGGCUUUCAUCAAAGGAAGACAAAUGAUAGAUGCAGUGUUGAUUGCUAAUGAAGCUGUGGAUUCAAGAAUCAAAAAGAAAGAACCCGGAAUCCUAUGCAAACUAGAUAUUGAGAAGGCUUAUGAUCAUAUCAACUGGAGCUUUCUACUGAAAUUGUUAGAAUAAAUGGGUUUUGGGCAGAAAUGGAUCAGUUGGAUGAAAUUUUGCAUAUCUACUGUUACAUUCUCCAUUCUCAUAAAUGGAUCUCCUGAAGGUUUCUUCCAUGCACACAGAGGUCUAAGACAAGGUGAUCAUUUAUCUCACUUUCUAUUCAUUAUAGCCAUGGAAGGACGGAACAACAUGAUUAAAACGGCCAAAGUCAAUGGAUGGGUUAAAGGUUUCGAGGUUCACAGGAAUGGGGCAAACAGUCUAGAGAUCACACAUCUUCAAUAUGCUGAUGAUACUCUAGUCUUUUGUGACGCUGAAGAGGAGCAACUUAGGUUUCUAAGGAUCAUCUUGGUCUUAUUUGAGGGAAUUUCGGGACUACACAUCAACUGGAGAAAGAGCCAUAUUUAUCCCAUUAAUGAAGUUAAUAACAUGGAGCAACUGACACAGAUAAUGGGAGGAGAAGUAGGGUCCCUACCUACUGUAUACCUUGGGAUGCCUCUUGGUGCAAGAUCCAAAUCCAAAGAGAUCUGAAAUUCAGUCAUUGAAAAGUAUGAGAAGAAGUUGUCAAGAUGGAAAUCGCAAUACCUAUCAAUGGGGGGCAGGCUAGUUUUAAUCAACUCAAUAUUGGACUCACUUCCUACUUACAUGAUGUCUUUGUUCCCAAUUCCUGCCGGAAUCAUAUAGAGACUAGACAAACUCCGACGAUCCUUCCUUUGGCAAGGGAAUAAAGAGAAAAAGAUCUUCCAUUUAGUUAAAUGGAAGACCCUCACAAUGGCCAAAAAACAAGGUGGUUUAGGAAUAAGAAAUUUGAAGAAUCAAAGCAAGGCUCUUAGAAUGAAAUGGCUAUGGAAAUAUUCUCAAGAACCUAAAACUUUAUGGAGCAAAGUGAUCAAAGCUAAGUACGGUGAGGAAAAUAACUGGGUGUCAAACAAAGUCAGCACAUCAUAUGGAGUUAGUGUGUGGAAAUCCAUCAGAGAACUUUGGCCUAUAAUGAAGAUUCAAUCUUCCAUAAGAGUGAACAGCGAAAUGGAAUACAUCAUUCUGGAAUGAUAAUUGGUUGGGACAUGGAAGCCUAAAGGAAAGAUACCCUGAUAUGUUUGGUUUGGCACAAAACCAGCUUAGGACAGUAGCUGAUAUGUGGAGUUAUCAAGGAUGAGAACUCACUCUUAGAAGACAGUUGAAUGACGGGGAGAUAACAAAAUUAGCUGACUUCUACAAAGAGCUGGAAGCAUUUAAAGGAUUACAGGAAGGGGUGGAUUCACUUUGGUGGCAGAGGCACAACAGAGGGGUCUAUCAGGUGAAGGAUGCAUAUAAGAUUUUGAAUCAAAAUGAUCUUCAGAUAGAUGCUUGGCCAUGGAAGCAUAUAUGGAGAACAAAUAUUCCAUAUAAGGUAAUAUGUUUCUCUUGGCUACUAGCAAAGGAGGCUGUUUUAACCCAGAAUAUUCUCAUAAAAAAAGGAAUUUCUCUGUGUUCAAGAUGUUUCCUAUGUGGGGAAAAUGCUGAGACUGUUAGCCAUUUAUUUCUACAGUGCAAGAUAACAGACCAACUAUGGAAAAUCUUUAUUAGUCUUAGGGAUAUUUCUUGGACAAUGCCAUGCAGGAUUAAUGAAGUUCUUUAUAGUUGGGAAGAAGCUGGUGUUGAAGCAACUAACAGAGAUAGAUGGAGGACUGUCCCGGCUUGUAUCUGGUGGACAGUUUGGAGGGAAAGGAAUGCUAGAUGUUUUGAAGAUAGAAGCAACCCAGUACAAAAGAUCAAACUCAAUUGUAUUCUUCUUUUUUGUUUUUGGUGUAAACAGAUUUACACAGAAGAUACAUUGACAAUCGUAGACAUACUAGGAUCUUGCUAGGUUGCACACCAGCACAUCUACUUACCACCUACUUGUAAAUUUGGUUUUCAGUACAACCUAUGUACUGAUGUUAUUAAUAUAUACAAAAGUUAUCAAUUCAAAAAAAAAAAAACCAGAAAUGACACCGCUUGACAAAGAGGGCUUCAUGGCUCGCUGGUUAAGCGCAUUGUUUUGCUUAUAGAGGUCGGAGGUUUGAACCUCAACGUGGACUUUCUUUUUGGCAAAUAUUGUGUGAGCCUUGUUGUAAAAAAAUUGUGGUUAAAUAGAAUUGAACCCUAGACCUCUUCUAGCUUAAGACUCAACUAAACCAAUGGGCCAACACUCUUCCUUGUCUACAAAAGUGAUAAUUUUUUUUGCCAAUUUUUUUUUUUGGACAAUAAAAGUUAUAAUAAUUACUCAAAAGUUAAAGAAAGAAGAAAGACGUUUGGAACUUGUGGUAUAAAACAACCCAUAUAUAUUUAUGGCUAUAAAUCAUCUCAUUAAGGGUAAAAUGAGAAGUUUAAAUUUAAAUUCUUUCUUAACAUAGAAAGAUAUCAUUCUUUUUGGGAUAGACUAAAAAAGAAAGUGUAUCACAUAAACUGGGACGAUGGAGUAUAUAUUUUCUUUGCUUAUUCUCUAAGAAGAUGUGGCAUGGCUUAUUUAAGAUGUUGAAUGGCCAUAGGACACUGCAACCUUACACUCCUUGUAAACUUACAAUUUGUGUUAGAUUUUUCCGAGACAGUGGGAAGGAAUAGGUUCUGGUAAGGUCAUAUCAGUUGGUAACAGGGUUGGUUGCUACUGAUGAAUUAAAGCAAUUGCUUAGCCUGUAGUAGAAUACCUGAGAGAGAUUGAACCAGAUUUCCUUAAUGUACAAUUAGAAAGGUGCAAAAUUGUCAACUACAAAUAGACAUUGAAGGUGACAAAGAUAAAGAAGAGGGAAAUCCACCUUUGCUAGGAUUCUCAGAACUCAGGUUCAACUCAAAGACAUUUAUCCGUAGUCUGCUUAAAAGAGCUUAAGAUUGAAAUUGACACAUGGACUAGAAUUUAUUGCAACUAUGGAAACACCAUCAGACCUAAGAAUACUCGGUCAGCAGAGCUGCAAAUGGAUCGCUUGAGGUCGAAUCUGUUAAUGCUUGCUUUAAGACAAGGUAUUACUUGACCUUCACGAAGUUGAAGAGAAUAAUUUGAAUGAGUUAUAACAUUUGUGCUUAGAAUAUAUACUUUUAACACAAUGGUGGAAAGUUGUGAAAAGAGUAUAAGGAUGUCACAUCAAAACUCAAAAUAAUAAAAUGCAACACUCCUAUACAUUGCUUGAGACUUUCUGAGAUUGGUAAACAUUACCAAUUUAGGAAAUAGUCAUUUUUCUUUGAUGCCAACCAAAUGGGAAGAAGGAAGUACUUGAGAAACGGAAUGCUCAAAUAUUACCACAUUGCUUUCGUAGAAAUUCUCAUUAAUUAUUAAACUAGAAAUGCAAUAUCCACCUUUACAAUUCUCAACCUUCAGGAUUGGUUAAUUUAUUUCUUGUUCUUAAAAAUUGUUUGUGAACUUGUUCUUUUGUAAUUCUUUGUUUUUAUUCUAUGUUGUGCCGAGUGUCUUUCGGAAAUAACUUCUCUACCUUCAUUAGGUAGGGGUAAGGUUUGCGUACACUUUACCUUCCCCAUACCCCACCGUGGGAUUUCACUGGGCGUGUUGUUGUUGUUGUUGUUUUUAUUCUUUGUUGUGCCACAAAUGGUCCUUUUUUUUGUAGUUUUCGUUUCCCCGUUUAGAAGGAAAUUUGUAUAAAACCAAUGGUUUGAGCUCUAGUUCAGGCCAAAUGCUCAGAUUAGUGCUGAGCUUGCAAUUCAACCCAAGCUAAUUCAGUAUCCACUAUAUUCACAGUCAAAGCUUGAAGCCUUGAACAACUAGUGAAUAUUAAUCAACUCGCAUUGAACUGAGGCUUGAAUGCAUACCACCUCAUUCAGUUGGAGUAAGAUUGGUUCCAGGGCUACUAGGGGACACUUAAUAUUAGUUGACACAUUUUGGCAUCCAAAAUUUGUACUUUAUUAUCCACCUAAUUGCUCGGCAUCCAGUGGGAAACUCGAAAAGGAGGGGGCUCUAUUUUCUAGCUAAAUGAAGUCACCGGGACAGUAGGAUUAAUGAUCUUAAUCCUCCAUCCUAGUCAGUAUGAGAAUAUUCUUACUUUGAUAUUAUUCCAUCAUAGUCACUGCCGCUCGGUCUCCUCCACUACCAAGUAUCAACUAUUAUACUACCAUGCCACAUCUUGGCUCCUCAAUCCUCACUAUCUUAGGACCUCUAACAUAAACAUAAAUUUAAUGUUCGAGUCAUGCCACUAUUAAUUUCCAGGCCCAUAGCGCUAUUAACAGCGAUGAUUAAAGAACCACUCUAUGUAUGUCAUGGUAGGCCAGCAACAACUAUGGCUGUUCUAUUGGGGAUUAUGAUAGUCCAGUCCAGAAAGAUGAUGAAUAUAUCUCACAAGUUGUGUCGUGAUUAAUAAGAUGAAACUGGAACCUGGGACAUGAAAUUUUAUGGGAAAGGAAACUGGUUUUGUAUUCAACUACAAUAAAGAGCCAUAAAUUUUACAAAUGCUCACUGAAACCUUGCAAAGUAGUAAGAACCAUAAAACUUCCAUCUCGAAAGAUAUAUCAUAGAUUUGAAGCAUCAUACUGUGGUAUUUAGAUUUGAAGAAAAUUGCAUACCUAUUGACAUGGACAAAAUAAACAAGACUUAUAAACUGGAACCUGAGUGCAUGAAGUAUGAAGAAGGCAGCUAAACAAGUCAUGCUACCACUGUAAGACAUGGGUUAUGUUAAAAUACUACAUUACUACUUAGUAGUGAUUUCUUGGCAUUCUUGUAGUUGAUUGAAGGAAAGACCAUAAAUAUUGGUGAACUUUUUUCUUAAGGUCAAAUAUCUUUUCUUACUGCAUCUACUUCAACUGAGAAUCAUUUGUGUAACGACUUGUUUGUG